CACCCCUCUCCGGAUCAGCUGCAGUUGUUCGCGGGUCGAGUUUUGAGCGUGACGUCGAUUCACACGGGAGUAAGAGGCGUCACCCAUGUCGUCGGAAGAAAAAGUGGGGAACCACCUGGUUCCUGAUGGCCAACCUUUGGAGCAGCAGAACGUGAUGGAUCGGGUGGCCAGCCUCCCCUUGGUGAGCUCAACCUGCCACCUGGUUUCCUCGGCCUACACCUCCACCAAGGAGACGAGUCCCUACUUGAAGUCCGUCUGCGAUGUGGCCGAGAAAGGGGUGAAGACCCUCACGGCAGCUGCCCUGUGCGGUGCCCAACCUCUGGUCACCAGGCUGGAGCCUCAGAGUGAGUAA